CCGUGAUCCGCUUUACUCCGCCGGAAACAAUGGGAGCGGAGCCGCGUUGUGUUGUGUCGGACAGAGACUGACGAGCUCCUCUGUGUGUAUUUAGGACUUUCUGCUGGUAGACUCAUAUAAUCAGGAUCUCAUUAUCAAGCUUUAACACAAUGGGCUGCUGCAGCGGACGGUGCACCCUUAUAUUUCUGUGCACGUUUCAGUUGAUGGUGGCAUUAGAGAGGCAGGUGUUUGAUUUCUUGGGCUACCAAUGGGCACCUAUCCUUGCAAACUUCUUCCACAUCCUGGUUGUUAUCCUGGGCCUUUUUGGCACCAUUCAAUACAGGCCUCGCUAUAUUGUGGUGUAUACUGUGUGGACAGUGCUGUGGGUGGCCUGGAAUGUCUUUAUCAUUUGCUUCUACCUGGAGGUUGGAGGUCUAUCAAAGGACAGCGAUCUCUUGACCUUUAACAUCUCGGCACACCACUCCUGGUGGAACGAGCACGGGCCAGGCUGUGUCCGAAGAGAGAUCCCUGCCAGUGGAGACCGCAGUGCAGACGCACAGUCCUAUAUAUCCAUCAUGGGCUGCCUGCUGGAGUACCAGUACAUUGAAGUCCUGCACAGUGGCUUCCAAAUCCUUAUCUCUCUGCUGGGUUUCAUCUACGCCUGCUACGUCAUCAGUGUCAUCACAGAGGAGGAGGACAGUUUUGAUUUUAUUGGUGGAUUUGAGCCAUUCCCACUCUACCAUGUCAAUGAGAAACCAUCUCAUCUUCUGUUAAAGCCUGUGCAUCAGCCUUCGUAAAUGAAAGAAUGUUGUGAAGAAGAGCCGCUCUGUCCAUUCCUCCUCUCUUCUCUUCACCUAAUCACCUUUAAAACACUUCCUAUCCGUCCUAAAUCAGCCCUUUCUGGAGUUCUGGAGAAUUGUCUCUCUGAUUCCCAGGUCUGCUCCAUCCAGCUGCCUCAUUUAGACCCUCUUAUUCAAGUGGCUGUGAAACAUAUCUAAACACAAAUGUCCAGUAUUAUGUUUGUGUGGUGUGUGGUCCAUGCGUUUGAGUUCUUCAAGGGGAGUUCAGAUGUUGAUGUUCACCGUGUUCCAGCUCUGUGUUUGUAUUGAGGGACAUUGUGCGCUGUUUUCCUUCACACAGGAUUUGCACAGUAAAACUGAGGAGGGAGCCGAGAGCAGGAAAAUAAGACAAAGCAAGCUGACCUCCUGUGGCAGUCCAAAAAUAGAAGCAAAGGAAGCAUAAAAAAAUAAAUACAAGAAACAAUUAGAGCUUGUUUUAUGUCAUCGUGUGAUGUAUAACUCUCAUGAUUCACUGUCAAAUUCAGUUUUAGUCUUUUUUUUCUUCUAGUUGUAAGUCUAAAGUCUUGAUUUAUAUGCAGUGAAUCCCAAAUCACCGUAUUUAGACA